AGUAUGUCUGAACUCUGAAAUGAAUUGAACUUUCUUUUCCUCCUUAUUUCCCAUAUUCUUCUUCUCUGUGUUUUCUUUUUCUAGGGUUCUAAUCGGCGGCACACCAAGAAGCUAGGUUGGUUUCUUCUGUUGGAAUACAAGUGUUUCUCUUUGGUAUAGAGCAUAGUUUCUCUUCACAGCAGCAAAAUCGUCACAAUGGAGCUUACAAAGAAUUCUACUUUCAAAAAAAUCGUCCCAAUGCAGCUUCAGGUUUUGGAUAGAUUCAAUAUCUGCAACUCCACGAAGAGCUACAGUGAGAAGAAAAUCCGGUGGGCGGAUCUGGAUGCAGAAUCGGGUUGGUGGCGGAGUACAAGGCAAGAGAGCUGUGAUAUGUUCUCCGGCAAGUGGGUAUUUGAUAACCAAUCACACCUGCUUUACCAAGAGUCGGACCAGUUGGCUUGCCAUAAGCAUGGACAGUCUGAUCUGCAAUAUCAGUAUUUGAGAUGGCAGCCUCCAAACUGCAGUUUGAAGGGGCGGAAUGUGUAUGAAAUGUGGGAGAAGUUGAGAGGUAAGAAUUACUAAUAUUUGCUAACAUAUUGCCAUUAACCAAGAGGAGUGAGAACCCGGAAGCGAAGGAAAUUGCUAUAACCAA